CGGAAGUACUAUUUUAUUUUGAAGUUAGACCAGUGUUUAUAUAUAUCCAGACCCGGAAGUAGUCGACAGCUCAGUGGUGCUCAUGUUGAUGUUCGAUUCCUCAGUUUAUCAGCUCGUUGUUGAUCCUUCGGAUCCCUCUGGAUGUUGAGUGUUCGGGCUCUGUUUGGGAUCGGCGUCCUGGUGACCUCCAGAGCCGCCUCCGUCCUCGCUCAGACGGGGACAUGUCCGCUGCCGGCUGCAGCUAACAACCACCAGAGGAACUGUUUCAGAAGCAGAGCAGCAUCCACCAUGGCCAAGACGAUAAAAUAUCUCGGGCAGGAGGAGGCCCAGCACAUUGACGAGGAGCUCUUCAGUGAGUACGGCUUCAGUGUGGACCAGCUGAUGGAGCUGGCUGGACUCAGCUGUGCCACAGCCAUCACACGGGCGUAUCCGAUCACCUCCCUCGUCAAGGCGAGACCUUCUCUGCUGGUGGUUUGUGGACCAGGUAACAACGGAGGCGACGGCCUGGUCUGUGCCCGACACCUCAAGCUCUUUGGUUACGAGCCCACCAUCUUGUACCCGAAGAGGCCCAACAAGCCGCUGUUCCAGGGCCUGACCACACAGUGCCAGAAAAUGGAGAUCCCUUUCCUGACUGAGAUGCCUGAGGCCCAAUUGAUUGACCAGGCUUACAACCUGGUGAUCGACGCCAUUUUCGGCUUCAGCUUCAAGGGGGCUGUGCGAGAACCUUUUGGUUCCAUCCUAGACGUGCUGGAGAAAACCACAGUCCCCAUCGCCAGCAUCGACAUCCCCUCAGGCUGGGACGUGGAGCAGGGCAGCGCAGACGGACUCCAGCCCGACAUGCUCAUCUCUCUCACCGCGCCGAAGAAGUCCGCCUCCUUGUUCAGAGGACGGUACCACUUCCUCGGGGGUCGCUUUGUGCCACCGGGCCUGGAGAGGAAGUACCAGCUCAACCUGCCUCAGUAUCCCGGCACGGACUGCGUCUUACAACUGUAGGAGACUUAGGUUUAAAUCAGACAGGACCGACGUUUCUCCAGGAAGGAAUAUUUCAACACUAAUCAACUUUCUUUCUAAAAGUUAGAGGAGCUUAUAAAUUCCUCUCGUCUUUGUACCUUUAGGAUGUUUUGAGCCGGAAGGAAACUGGUUUAAUAGAAUAGCCAAUUUACUUUAAGUCUGACUAAGUGCUUGUAGGUGGGCGUAUUUCUCUAAAUGUUGAACUAUUCCUUUACAUCUGUGAGUGAAACUGGUUCUGAUUGGAUGAAUGGUGGACAUGCUGGAAUAAUAUAAAGAACAUCAAACAAA